GCUUGCGUACAUUUCGAUCUGUUGAAAUCGCGUGAAAUUCAAAUGAAUUUCUUUAGGUUGAUUUUAUUUAAUUAUAAUUAAAUAUGUCUUUAACAAAUAUCUCAAAUUUUUUUAUAACAAAAUUUUAUUUUAUUAUUAUGAAGAUAAAUCGAUAUUCAAUGUAUUAUAAGUAUUUUUAUAAUUAAUAAAAAUGAUCAUCUGCUUUCGCACGAUAUGAAUUUUUUGCACGCGAUUUACUUUGGGAAUUGAGUCGCAAGUUUGCUGGUUUGAAAUGUGACUUGCAAUGAUGUGGAUUAAGAGAUGCUACUUUAAUGUUUUUAGUUGGGAUCUAUAACAGAAGUAUGAUUUUACUUUUACUACAUGGUUGAACAGUCUUUUACAAUGUCUUAAUGAUAACUUUUUAUAUAUUUGGAUAUGGAGUAACAGAUAUACUAUAUAUGCAUGACAAUAAAUUUCAAAAUUAUUUAUAAAGCAUUUAUAAUUCUUUUCUAAGUGUACUAUUGAUUUUGCCUUCCAUAACAGGAAUUUAAUGAAUAAUUUCUUGAUUGAUGAUUGUUGUGAUUUCCUUAUAUCAAUUCAUUUUAUUUGUUUAGCCUAUGUUGGAAGUCAAUGAUUUUGCUACUUCUUGAUGCCCAAGUGCUUCUAUACUCCAUUUAAAAAGCAUCAUCUACUGUUUCUUUUCCAUAAUGUGCAAAGCCUGGCUGUUCAUUUAAAGACUGCCUUAUUCAUUAGUUUCAUUUACACAUUUUAUUUGACAAUGGAUAUCGGAACUGAUGUGAAUCAUAUUAAUGAGAAAAAUGAGAUUCAUAAUUCUAAGGAAGAAGAAAACAAAACUUUUGAAUUGCCUUUUGAACAAAGUACCAGUAAAAAAGGGAAUGCCUCAAAAAACUUUUCUAUGAAGAAACCAAGAGAAACAGAUAAACAUAAGAAUGUAUCUUCAGUUUGCAAUAGAUCAACAUAUCAGCGUAAAUACUUUAGACCACCGGCUCCUCUCAAAAGAAAAUCUGCCCCAGCAGUUUCUAUUCGCAUGUCUAAUCCGUCAGCAGAAAUUGUUUUGCAGGAAAGACAAGUAGAGAUAAAAGAUUUAGAAAGUCAAGUUGUAUAUUUACAGAAUCAAAUAAAGGAAUUAAAAGCUGAAAACAGAACACUUCUUGAUGUACAAAAUCGUCAAACAAAAGAGUUAAAGAAAUAUUGUGGGGGCAUUACAGAUAUUCCUGCUCUUAUAAGGUCUCACAAUGAUGAAAUUAAAGCCGUACAAUCUAAUGCAAAUGCAAUUCGCAAAGAACUGAGGGUUUGCCAGAAUGACUUAAAAUCUAAGAGUGAAUCACUUUUGAGAAAGGACCAAGAAUUAAAUAAACUUAAACAUGCAUUGAAGAACAGUGAGCAAAAUGUACAAGAAAUGUCUGUUGGAAAUAGGAAAUUGUGUCGAGAAAACAAAAAAUUUGAAGAUGAAGCUAAGAAGUUGCUAAAUGAAAAUGAAGAGCUUAAGUGUAAAAUAGAGAAAAUGCAAAAAUCAAUACAGCAGGUAACAGAUAAAAUGCUAAAUCUUGAACAGACUUUAUCCACUACUGAACAAUAUAAAAACCAACUGAAAGAAGACUUUAAAGAGUUACAGAACAAAUAUGAAGAAGCACUUGAAAAGCAGACCACUUUCAAAAAGUCUCUUGAAGUUCCAAAAGUAAUGUCUACAACACAAACUGAGAAAGUUGAAACUGUACAUGUUUCAAUCAUGACCUUGGAAAUGUCUAAACAACCAGAAUUGCUGGCUUCUGAAAAGGUAUCUGUAGGGAUUCAAGCAUCUCAAGAUCAAAUAUAUAUGCAUAGUAUAUCUACAAAAUCAAAGGAAACUGAUAGCAUUGGAAAUUAUUCUAAUGAAAAAGAAUGUUGCCAUUCAACUACCUCUAAAGAGCAAUUUACUGCUGUUGAUGCUUAUCCAGAUAUAUUUUAUCAGAAAGAAUCCAUUAAUAACAAGCCUACAAGUCAAGCUCGAAGAAUGGGAUUUCGUAAACCAAAGUAUUCAACAUCGUCACUUUCCCACGAAAUAUUUAAAGACAUUUCUGAAGCUACAAAAUCCGAUAAAGAUUCUACACCAUUACCUGCCCAUGAACUGCCAAAAAGAUCACUCGGCUCUGUUUAUGAUAAGAGAUCUAUUCCAUCAUCAAAUCACCUAUCACCUUACACGUUUUUUACUAAGGAACCUUUAAACAAAUCAAAUAUUGUAAUGGAUUCAUCUUUGAACACAGGUUUCGAUGCUAGAAAAGAUGUUGAGGAUAAUUUUAGCUUUUACUUUAAAGAAUCUACUUCUAAGAACAAUAGUUUUAGAAAAUCAGUUAACCGAAUGGAACCUUUUUUAGAAUGCUAUGCUUCUGGAGGAAAAGAGUUUUCAAAUGAUAUUAAAACAAGAUUACUUAAUCCAUCCUGUGAUUCUCCUUUUAAACCAUGUAAUAGUAAUGAAAGUCGUAAAGAUUUAUUUUCGAAUUUGACUUCUAAACAAAAUACGAUGUAUCCCAAUGGUUAGUUUAAAUUUUGUUUAUAUUUAAAUAUAUUAUAGCAGAGUCUUUGUAUGAUAGAGCAAGUUUCAUCGUAGCAGCAAUAGCAGCAACAUUUGUAUGAUAGCGAUGUAAAAUAAUUCUUUUGUAUUCAUUUUGUUAAAUAUUUUAUUCUUACCAAUGUGUGUAAAAUAAACUUCGUUGAAAUAUUA